AGGACAGUUGAACGUAUACAUUAGUGGUCAAGAUGUCAACGGUGCCAACGUUUUGCUUUCGGCCGACGGUUCCUGGUACCAUCCCGACCCUGCUGGUAGCUCGACUCCGGUAGCUAUCUCCGGCAAUGUUGCCCUUCCCAUGAGCGCUCAGGGCCAGACCACCGAAUUCACUCUCCCCGACUCCUUGAGCUCUGGUCGUGUUUGGGUUGCCGAGGGCGAGCUUCAGUUCUUCUCUCUUGUCGAUGCCAACGGAGUUAUCCAGUUGGUUGAGCCGUCUGCUGUCAACCCUUCCGAUCCUUCUGCUGCCGUUAACUGGGGUUUCGUCGAACUCACUAAUACCGCCGAGGGUGGUAUCUACGCCAACAUUUCCUUCGUCGACUUCGUCGGUUUAAUCAUGAGCAUGAAACUCACACUCGGUAGUGGUGAGACCCAGACCGUCAGCGGUCUCCAGAGCGGCGUUAUCCCCACCAUCUGCUCGGAGCUCAAGGACCAGGCCGCAGCUGACAGCCAGCCGUGGGACAAGCUCUGCGUCACCGAUUCCAGUGGUAAUGCCCUUCGUAUCCUGUCGCCCAACCAAUACGCUUCCGUCGACCCUACCGCUUUCUCCACCUACUAUGACGACUACAUUGAGCAGGUCUGGACGAAGUACGCCGGUGAGGAUUUGACCAUCAACACCCAGGCUGAUGCUGGCAAUGUCGCUUGCCGUGUCAACGGUGACCAGCUCGAAUGCGACGGUGACAACCGAGGCUACCCCAAGCCCACCGUCAUCGACAUCUGGGGCUGCAACUCCGGCCCGUUCGCCAUUGAGGACCCUGACAACGACGUUCACCGUGCCGUCGUCCCACGUCUGUGCGCCGCCUUCUACCGCACCACUCUGCUGGUCGACGGUGGCAACGUCCAGCCCGGUGUUGGCAACAGCAGCUACUACACCACCGACCCUACCAACCACUACUCGCGCAUCGUGCACAAGUACGAGACUGACGGAAAGGGUUACACCUUCUCGUACGACGACGUCAACCCCGACGGCCAGAACGCCGCUGGUGUCGUUUCCGGCCCUAGCCCCACCGUUUUGGAGCUCACCGUCGGUGGAUUCUCUUAGAGUAAUGGAAUUAUCAUUCAAUACUCUCGGAUGGUAAUGUUUUCAUUCAGAGACAUUACUAAACCCCUGAGAGUUCACAUCAUGGCUUGAUGAGCCAUGACCAACCCCCCCACGCUGUAUAUAGCAACACCCCCUUUUCCCGUGUACAUAUUGUCGCUGUGUGAUGUUGAUAAAAUUUCCGGUGCAUGUUGGGUAUCUGGUUUUUUCAUUUGGGGAAUAUUUGUACAUAUAUGACAACCUAGCAUACCUCACGCUCGCUAAACAAAGAUGUAUUACAAUCAAUUAA